UUGAAGUAAGAUGUCGGAAACCCUCGGCCAGUGUACCCUAAACAGUAUAGGGACCAUGAAUACUUUAAUGGGGAUUUUAAUACAAUCCCUAUUAGCUACACAGUGUAAGAUAUCGCCAGCCAAACAAUGGCCACCGGAUUAUGCUGCCAAAGCUUUAGAAAAAGAUUUACUGGCGUAUGAUUUUGUAGUGGUAGGAGCGGGUUCAGCAGGCUCUGUUGUAGCUAGUGAGUUAAGCCGAAUCGCAAAUUGGAGUGUUUUAGUGCUGGAAGAAGGUGGUGAUCCACCACAAGAAUCGGAGGUUCCCAGUUUAUUUUCGGUUUUACAAAACACAGACUAUGCUUACAACACGCUGAUGCAAUCCAAUGGACAUUCUUGUAAGGCCUUUAAGAAUGGUCAAUGUAGAUCGUGUCGUGGCAAACUUAUUGGUGGUAGUGGCUCUAUUAAUGCCAUGCUUUAUGUACGUGGCAAUCGUGCAGAUUAUGACGGUUGGUUGGCUGAAGGUAACACAGGUUGGGGUUAUGAUGAUGUCUGGCCAUAUUUUGAAGCACUAAUACAAGCCGAGGGCAAUGCCACACAUCCCCAAGGUUAUUUAGCUGUAAAUGAAUUUCCCUUAUAUGAAGAGGAUAUUUUUCAAAUGAUUUAUAAAGGCGGUGAAGAAUUGGGUCUCCCUCAUAGAGAAGACUUCGUUGAACCUUUUUACACUGGUUACGCUCAGGUCAAGGGUACCAUAGAAAAUGGCCAACGGGCAAGUACAGCCAAGACAUUUUUAAGUAGAGUAUCGAAAAGAUCUAAUUUACAAGUUAUUAAAAAUGCUCGUGUUACCAAAUUGAAUUUUGAUGCUAAAGGCAAACGGGUCUUAAGUAUAGAUUUCAUAGUUCAAGGUUUACACUCCCUAAAUGUCAAAGUUAACAAGGAAGCUAUAUUAACUGCAGGCAGUAUAGGUAGUGCACAAAUUCUUAUGUUAUCUGGAGUGGGUCCGUCAGAGGUUUUAGGUCCCUUAAAUAUACCUGUUAUACGCAAUUUACCCAUAGGCCAGAAUUUGCAAGAUCAUGUUAUGGCUGGUUUUUUUGUGGCCUUUGAUGGUCAAACAGCUGAUCAAACAAAAGUUAUAGACACAGUUUUUCAAUAUUUAGUGCAUAGCAAAGGACCCUUAAGUUCUCUUGGCACCACUUCACUAGUUGGUUUUAUGAAUUCUGAAAACCCUAGCAAUGGGUUAUAUCCCGAUGUAGAAAUGUAUCAUACAGCACUUCGUAAAGGUGAUAUUAUAGGUAUGAAUAUUUUCACGCAAGCCUUCGCUAUGUCACAGGAAAUGGUGGCAUAUUUUAUGAAAGCCAUACUUUUUCACGAUAUCUUGGGUGUAUUUAUGAUGUGUUUACAUCCGAAAUCUCGAGGCAGUAUAACUUUAUCUUCGCCUUCUUAUCUAGAUGAACCCAUUAUAGAUACCAAUUAUCUGCAGCAGCCAAAAGAUUUACAAGUCCUUGUACGCGCCGCCAAAUAUAUGGUACGUUUAGAGAAUACCACCGCUUUUCAACAGAGAAAUGCUCAUAUUUUACAUAUACCUAUAGCCAAAUGUGAUGUCUUCGAUUUUAAGUCGGAAGAUUAUUGGAAAUGUUAUAUAUCCUAUUACACUAUGAGUGGUUAUCAUUAUGUUGGUUCGGUUAAAAUGGCGCCAAGAAACGAUUCAACAUCCUGUGUAGAUAAUCGUUUGAAAGUAAAUGGUUUUGAUAAUCUUCGUGUUGCCGAUGCUUCAAUAAUGCCCACUAUUACCAGUGCCAAUACAAAUGGACCAACAAUAAUGAUUGCUAAAAAAGCAUCGGAUAUUAUUAAAGAGGAUUGGAAUGAGAUCUAGAUUUGUAAGUCGUAAUAGUGAGGUGUGAAAUUAAGUAGAUUAAAUAUAUACAUUUUUUGAUAAAUAAAAUCUUGUAAAAUUUUGCUC